UAAUAAUGUACUAUCAGGUACUUAGUAGUAGGUACUUCUUAUACUCGGAGGUUACCUGUCAAAUUAUUUAAAAAAAAUGAAAACGGUAAUAAUUUUUAAGUGAUAUUUCGUGACUGAUUAUUGUGAUUUUAUUAUCCUGGUAAUUGGAUUAUAAUGAAGCCCUCCCAGAAUUGGCUGACAUUGUCGACCGUGGUUUGUCUAUUAUUAAAUACAGCUGCAGCUAGAACCAGAGGAGCCUUUUCGUUCUCGGAUUUUUCCAGAUUCGAUAACAGUUUCCAGGGCUAUAAAGAACCAACUAGUCAACUGUAUUCGUUGGGUAUCGACUCGUUUUUACCCUAUGGUAACAGUCUCACAGCAUCGAAACUCAACAUUGCUUCGGUUGCGUUGUCGAAUUCAGUGGAGAAGCCAGUGCAAGAACCAUCAGAUCCGCCUUUGCCACAACUAACAGGCACAGCUGUAAUUCCGUUAUUGCCACCCCCUGCUGUGCCGGUAAACGCUGCCGCUUCUAACGUACCCUCAAACAACGGAGCAGUGUUCCUAGGAUCCGGAGCUUUAGGAGUUGUCAACCUAGGAAAUGGUGCGUAUGCCUUGGGUUCGGGAGGUAUAGGCUAUUCGGACAAUCGCCAACAACCCAGGCCCGAUGGUAGGUCGCCCUUAUACCCACCAUUACCAGCAAGUCCUAAUUUGGUUCCCGCAGCCAGACCCAGUCAACAAGUUGCCUCAGUGCCACAAAUUGAUUUGACAGGGAUAACGCAGGAAUAUCGAUAUGAUCAGAGUCUAUUUGUACCUAAUCAUGUACCACAACAGCAAUAUGAUCAGAACGGUUACGAACGUCUGGAUGCUUCUAGUGCAGGUUUCGGUCAACCGGUAAUCAGGUAUAGACCACUCAAGAUCAGAACGAACUACGCUACUCCGACGGUGGCUCGAGUGACUCUGGAACAGGCUCAAGCCAAUCAACUGCCGCAAUCUGGAUUUGGUGAUCCUAUUCCCACUUUGUUGCCUCAAACUGUUAAAUAUGUUUAGUGUAGAAUUUUAAGGCUUUGUAUGAUUAAGUCCAAAUCAUUAAAUUUAUGUCUCAUGGAGGCAUAAUUAUAAAUUAUUGAGAUUAUAAUGUGUUGUGAACCAUCUUCUGGGCAAUACCCGCCGUCGCCAAAGCGUCAAUAAGCAACACUCACAUUAUAAGUAUUACAGUUUUUGUGAUUUUUUGUUAUAAUAAAUAUAUUUUUUUAAAUAGUAAAUAAUUUUUAAUCAAAAAUAGAAAAUGUACAUAAAUUGAACAAAUAAAUAACAUAAUCAUCACCAUCCACUACCAUAGCUAUUGGACCACCCAUGAUGACUUUCUUGCACUGGUACCACCACAGUUUUAGUAACUGGUACAAUUACUUUUUGAACCACUGGUAAUGGUACAUACUUUUUGAUAAUCACAGGAUGUUGGUGAUGCACAACAGGCGUUUCUUGGAUAAAUUGCUGAUGAAUCACCGAAUAUGAAUGAGCUGCUGGUUGAUGGUAGCUUGGAAACUGACCCCAAUCUUCAUGUUCGUCCAAAUUGAGGCCUACGCUUUCGCCGAAAACUCCACGUUUGGAUUUUUCCGAUGGGAUCGUUCCUGCUUGGACUGCAGCUAGUAUGGCAACA